AUGGCCCCUCCCGACCUCCUUGAACUCGACUCCCUCACAAUAACAGCCAUAAUCGACAACGAACUCGACCCAAUCUCCCCCUGCCCCAACCCCGCCGUCCAACAAUCCGGAAACCUCAAAGACGUCGCCCUCAACGGCCGCAAACUCGCCAAAGAUGAACGCGGCGGCGCUCUGGCGGAAUUUCGAAUGGACGAGAUCUGCUGCUCAGCACACGGCUUAUCCCUCCUCAUCACCGGCAUGCAAGGCGAUCAGAAACACACAAUCCUGUUCGAUACCGGUCCGGAAGAGUCCGCGUGGGAACGCAAUGCUCGGAGACUGAGAGCUGACAUCGCGCCGAUCGAGGUCAUUCAGCUGAGCCAUUGGCAUCGAGAUCAUAGCGGUGGGAUGCUGAAAGUGUUGGAGAUGGUGAAUGCUGCGAGGAGAGAGCAGAACUCGAAUCUUCCGCCUGUGUCUGUUGACCUGCAUCCGAAACGGCCCAUGUACAGUGGGAUGUGGCCUCCAGGUCUGCCCGGGCCGAUGUCGAUGGAGGCCGAUCCAACUUUUGAGGAGAUUGAGGCUUUGGGGGCGAAGGUGGCGAAGAGUGAUCAGGCGCACACGAUUUGCGAGGACAUGUUUCUUGUCAGUGGCGAGAUCCCGCGGGUGACGGAGUACGAGAAGGGUUUGAAGUUUGGUGUGAGGUAUCAUGGAGAAGAGAAGGGCUGGGAAGAGGACAUGAAGAUGCCGGAUGAAAGAUUGCUGAUGUGCAAGUUGAAAGGCAAGGGGAUCGUAGUGUUCACCGGCUGCUCGCACGCUGGUGUGGUCAACGCAUCAAGACAUGCAGUAGAGCUCGGAGGAGGUGCGCCGUUAUAUGCUGUGAUGGGCGGCUUUCAUCUUGCAGAUGCCGAUGCAGGGUACAUUCAAAGCACCGUCAAUGAUCUGAAAGCGCUUGACACGCAGAUAAUGCUUGCUGGUCAUUGCACGGGAUGGCGAGCCAAGUUCAAGAUCCAGGAAGAGAUGCCAGGACGACUGGUCCCAUCGUUUGUUGGAUCUAAGUUUGAGCUGUAG